AUGAGAGGUUGUUGUGUCUUGGUGCUUGUGCUGCAAGCUGCUGCCCAGCAGCUUGCUGCUGCCCAGCAGCUUGCGCCGUUCGACACGGCUACAGCGUCCAGCGUCUAUUCCUCGAAGACAUUCGGUGCAGGCCUGGCGACGAGCGAGUCCUCCGGAUAUUGGUGCAGCGCAGGGGACCAUGAACCUGGGCAGAGCGUGUCUUGGACUGGCGUGUUCAAGGCGCGGAGGCAGCUCCUUGGUGUGACGUUGCGAUGGAGCUACGCUCCCGGAGAAGUCAAAGUGCUCACCAGCUCGGAUGGUGGUAACUUCGAGGAGAGUGUCGGUUGGCGGAAGCUUUCGAGGCCAGAGCCCAGCUUCGAGGACACAAUCUUGUUCCCCGAGCCAGUGGCUGCGAAGGCUGUGAAAGUUUUGAUGCGUGGUGCCAAACCUUGGGGAUAUUUUGGCUUGUCCAAUGCAGUGGCGAUCGCAAAGCCAUCUGCCUUCAUGCUGGUCAGCGGUGUCCCAGCAGCUCAGGAGCAAUGUGUGGUCGCGUCAGGCAGCGGUGUGGCAGCAAAGUCUUGCGUAGAUGCGGUUGUGGGCGGCACGGGUGCAGAGAUCUUUGCAGGUGCAGGAGGCAAGCUGCAGGUGCUGGGCGGGGGCUGCCUAGGUGUUGUGGCUGGCAAGUUGUCCUUGACUGAAUGCCAAGAAGGCCAAGGGUCGUGGGUCGUCGCCCAAGAUGGGCAAGUCAAGCAGGGAAACACGUGCCUCGUAGUGACGGGAGCACAGGUGGCAGUAGCCGAUUGCGAAGACGCCGCGUUGAGUGGUGGUGACAAGUUCUUUCAAGUGGCAGUUCCAGACCAUGACCCUGCCGCCGUGGUUGCAGUGCAAGAGGUGGGCGCGCUGCUGCGCGCCAGCGUGCAAAGGCAGCGUGCGCUUGUUGAAAGAAGAAUUGCUCGUUGGUGUGUGCUGGGGUCUCAGGUCACCGCAAUAUCCAUGCACAUGGUUCAUGCUUUGUUUCGCUUGUUGCUGGCUCUGCUCUUGUCUACCUGUGGAGCUGGGGCUGCCGAGCCAGAGAUGGACUAUGCCUUGCUGCGUGCCAAUGUUGUGCAGGCGUACGCGCAGCAAGCUGCCGAGAUGGCAGAGACGCUCAGUGUUCUGCAAAGCCUGAGUGCUGACACAGCUGCGACGCUGUCUCGCUUGGAGAGCGCUUGCAUUGUGGGUGACCAAGUCCCGGCGCAGUAUCCUGCUGUAGACAUUCAUGUCCCAGAGCCUAAUGAAAAUGAGCUCACCGUGAAGCUUGCGAAUGAGCAGCUGGCAGAAGAGGCAUAUGGGUAUUCCCAGUAUAACUAG